CGUAAGUACUAUCUAACUAGAGGUAAAUACAUAAAAUAAUGAUAUUAUUUUCCAUUUAAACACUAUGACGUAAUAAUGUAGCUUCAAUUUAAAUCGCUAAAAUAAAUUCUACGGAACCCUGGCCAAUAGCGGCGGCACACUUUUUAUUGAUUACAGAUAGCUAAUGAUAAUGAUUAAUCUCUGAACUGUAAUACCCUUUAUCUUAUGGAAUCCUUUAUAAAACCUUAGCAAGUCACGUAUUGGUAAAUCACAAACAUGCGUACCCUCGUUGUGCUUCUCGGCCUUGUUUUGGCGGUGGCAGCCUCCCAACAGAGGCACCAGCGUAUCGUUGGUGGCUCUGUGACCACCAUCAACCGCUACCCAUAUGCCGUGGCCAUGCUUUACUCGCGCACUGGCAGCGUCUUCAACCAGGCCUGCGGUGGAACCAUCAUAAACAAUAGAUCCGUGCUCUCUGCUGCGCAUUGCUUCUACCGCGACCGCGCGAACCAAUGGCGCAUGCGUGUCGGCUCCUCCUUCGCUAGCAGCGGCGGUGUCGUCCACAACACCAACUCGCUGAUCCUCCACCCCUGGUACAAUGACAACACCCUGGACAACGACGUCGCUAUCGUCCGCUCCAACACUGCCUUUACUUUCAACGCAAAUGUCGCUCGCGGUAGCAUCGCUAGCGCUAAUUACUGGCUCGCUGACAAUCAAGUUGUGUGGGCUGUUGGAUGGGGAUUGACUACAUGGAACGGCAGGCCCUCCGAGCAACUUCGCGAAGUCCAAGUCUGGACCGUCAACCUGGUCACUUGCAGGAACCGCUACCGUGAGAUCAACCUCUCCGUCACCGACAACAUGCUGUGCUCUGGCAUCCUGGACGUUGGAGGUCGCGACCAGUGCGGUGGUGACUCUGGUGGUCCCCUCCUCCACAACAACGUGGUUGUCGGAGUCUGCUCUUGGGGACAUGAGCAGUGCGCACACCCACGCUACCCUGGUGUCAACGCUCUGGUCUCUCGCUACACUAGCUGGAUUCAGGCGAAUGCUUAAGCCAUUUAUCUAUAAUUUUGUAAAUUUGUAAUAUAUGUGUUCUAAUUUUA